GCCGCCGGGACCAUGGAGGUCGUGGAGGCCAGCACCCUUCAGCAGGAGAGGCUGCAGGCCAUCGCGGAGAAGCGGAAGCGUCAGACGGAGAUCGAGAACAAAAGGCGGCAGCUCGAGGAUGACAGGCGGCAGCUGCAGCAUCUCAAGUCCAAGGCUCUGAGGGAGAGAUGGCUCCUGGAGGGGGCCCCAGCUUCUGCCUCCGAGGAGGAAGAGGCCAUGAAGAAACAGAUGCAGGAGGAUGAGGUGAAGACCAAGGAGCUGGAGGAAACCAUCCAGAGGCUGGAGAAGGAGCUGGAGACGCUGGAGAACAGCAGCUCAGUGGCUUCGACCAAGGAGAACCUGGCAGAGGCAGCAGCCAAGGAGGAGAAGGCUCAGGCUGUCCCCAAUGCGCAGAAGAGUCCACUGGGCACAGUUAAGGCUGACAAGAGGGUCUCCAGCAGCCCCAUGAAGGCAGUGGAAGGCAGUGACAUGAUGAAGGCGGCCAUGUACUCGGUGGAGAUCACAGUGGAGAAGGACAGAGUGACUGGGGAGACCAAGGUCCUGUCCAGCACCACCAUGCUCCCCCAGAACCACUGUCUGCAGGGGGUCAAAGUGUACGAGGAUGAGCUGAAAGUGGUGCAUGCGGUGAGCGCCGAGGACGGGACCCUGCAGAACGGGGCCCACCCCCUCAGCUCCUCCGAGGUCGAUGAGCUCCUGCACAAGGCGGACGAGGCCACCCUGAGUGAAGCUGGCGGGCGCCAGACUCCAGCCAAGGCUGGCAAGGGGGGUGGCAGCGCCCCGGGGAGUCAGAAACCGACGCCACGGCGGGAGAUCACGGGGCUGCAAGCCAAGGUGCCACCGGGCGAGGGGACAGAGGCCAGCCAGGAGCAACCCGUCACCAUGAUCUUCAUGGGCUACCAGAACGUGGAGGAUGAGAACGAGACCAAGAAGGUGCUGGGGCUGGAGGGCACCAUCAAGGCAGAGCUGGUGGUGAUUGAGGAUGCCGAGAGCAAGCCGGAGCCGGCACACAAGGACCACACCCCACCCAACGGCACCGCGCUGGAGCCGGCGGCUGCCCAGCCGCUGGGCGAGGAGGGUGCGGGCGGGCAGAAGCCAGGUGCCAACGCCACAGAUGCCAAGGAGGCCGAGCAGGAGACAGAUGUGAAGAAGCAGCGCUGCAAGUGCUGCACGGUGAUGUGA